CACUUGGUACAUCUGUCAAAUUUUUUUUUUUUUUUCUAAUUUCUAUCACUUGUUUAAUCCUUGAUAAGUCGUUAGACUUAGUAAUCGUUACUUUGAUCACACCUGAUGCGUCGAUACAAUUUUCUUUAAAAAUGCAGGAUAUUAUUCAUUAGUGUGGAUAUAGAAUGUUAGCAAAAUAAAUAUGACGAGAAGCUGCUGCAGAGGCAGGACUGAAUCAAACGCAGAAAUUUACCAAGCACGGUGUACCGUCUGUACCUACAUCUACAACAACCGAUGCGACGACAGCUUCAACGGACCAUCAAGUGACCAUCAGUCGUUGAGAAACACGUGGUCCAUAAUAUCACCAGAUAUUUUGACAGUCAAUUUUGAAUCACUCAGUCUUGAAUACCACAACGUCAUCACAGAAAAAUGCAUCACUAUUGACGAGAACCUCUAAAUUUCUUUAUUACAAACAUAAUCUUUUCACCGUAACUUUUUUUCGUUUUAAUAAAAAAAUCAUUCAAGCAAUACAGACAAAACAAUUCCAGUAUGAUUUUUAGCUGAUUCAAUAAUAAAUAAACCUGAGUUUUUCCAAAUUUCAAAUCUUCACAACAUUGUUACAGUAAUCCAUCAACUUAAUAUAACAAUAAUAAUAUUAUUAAUGGUUUUAAAAAAAAACUCAAAUCCGUACUAAUCACAUCCCAACAGUACCGAAUCGAUGUAGUGUGUUUAACACUACAAUGUUUUGUACACCGCCUGACUGUCAUUCGAGAAAAUUUUCUGGAGCACUUGGUACGGACUUGGAUUAAAUCUUAGGAUAAAAACGAGUGUAAAUAUCUAAUUUGAAAUUGAUUGACUAAAUGAAUUCUCGUUAAAUUGGGAAGACUUUAAAAAAAACAACGCGUUUGAAUAUCUACAUAUUCAUUAAGGACAAGCAAACAAGCAAUUACUAAACCACAAGAAUGAUCAGAAGACAUUUAUUUUUAGUGUACAAACGUAAACAGGGAUUACAUCUAAAGUAAUGAGAAGUUGAAUAGAAAGGAAAUUGAAAAGAGAAAAGAAAAGAGAUUACCAACAUUGAUCUGAUUGCUAAAUUUCAAAGUUCAUAUAUAUAUAUAUAUCUAAUAUAGAUUUUAUUUAAUUGUUUUUACUUUCAACGCCAAAACAAAAAAUAGUAUCUCAAAAACGUGUGCAAAUGUUUGUGGUGAAUUUUCAGAACGUAAAAUUGAAAGGAAAGAAGAAAAUAGCGUAGAGAAAAAAGAUAUACAAAAGUUUUCUUAUAUUCACUUUUGAGUUGGUUGUGUACGUGCAAUGCCGAGAUGCUGUAAUGAGAGAAAAACGUCGAGUCCGGUGACCAACAAUAACCGCAACAACAGUGAGGAUAUAUCACUGUUACGUACAAAUACUUUGGAACGUAAUAGCUUUUCGAUUCCGUGCCAAUCGGAGCUGGACGACGACCUACCAAUCGUAGAAAGGUCUCAUAGAAGACUACGGUGUGACUUGAGUCCAGUACCCACUAGCACCACCGUUAGUUCUAAACUUUUCAGCAUUAAGGGUGAAAAAGGAAAUCAAUCAAGACAGUUGCAACAACAGGUGAUAAGCGGAACCGUUGGUGUUGGUGGUGGAGGUGGUAGUGGUGGAGUUGGUGGUGGUUGGCAUAAAGAAAGCAAAAAGAAAGCAGCUAUAGGCAACGCGGUGCGUGGACUGUUUCCAUCUGGCCAUAGCAGGCAGGACAGGUAUGAGACAAGCAGGCAGCGCUCCCCAGGAGGGACCGGUGGUGGCAUUGGCUUGUCCGGCUUGUGUCCAAGGCUGGUGGCGGGUGGCGGUGGUACUGGUAGCCAGGGUGGUGUGGGGGUGGGGGUGGGCCACCUAGCCCCCCAGGAGGCGGGAGGCACAUGUAGCGUCGUGACCACGCAACGACACCACAACCACAAUCACAACAGCAACCACGGACAUAGGCGUCAACGAAAAGUCUCCGUCAUUUCUCAAGCUGGGUCCAGUACAAAUACUGCUGCCGAUCGUAAGAUAUCACCAGGUGUGAAUCGUUCAUCGGUUGCAGUUUGUAAAAGACAGACAAGGACGAGUCGUGUAGAACACAGUGGAGAUUCGAUAUCUAUAGGAAGCUCGCCAUCGCCAAAAAAAAAGGCUCCGUCUGGACUUCAUAUCCUUGAUAAAUCUGUGGCACAGAAUCUAUCUUUGAAUCCUCUUGAACAAGAGAAUGAUCGCAGCUUUAGCGAUGCAGAAGAAGCAAUUACUGCUACGGAAAAUUUCUCUAGUAUACCAGGUGCUAGUUCUUCUACUCCUUCCACCCCUGUUGGUAAAGUGAAACCUAGAAAAACAAGUAAAGACGAGAAGGUCGAAAAGAAAAUGUCCUGCCAAAGUAGUAGUGAAGGGACCAAAAGUACUGACAAUAUUCGUAAGAUGACUUCAGAAAGUGUGGAUAGCUUGCAAAGUCCAAGAAAAUCAUCUGUGGAUUCUGGUGAAGUGGCAAAAACAUCUUCAACUCCGAGAAAACCAUCGAUGGAUAAUACAGACGAUGAUAGAAGUGUUUCAAAUGUUUCAACUGUGCAAAAAUCAUUGACUAGUUUAACUGAAAGUGCCAAGAUCUUGGAAACUGGUGAAAAUUGUGAUAAAAAAAGUAAAACAAGACGUGAAAACAGCUCCGACAGUAGCAGGACAGCUAUAACAACCAAAAAUAUUCCUACCAGUCAAGUUGAGAGUCGAAAAACGUCUUUAGAAAUAUUAGAGGGCUCAAAAUCAUUGUUAACCGCGCGUAAAAUAUCGGUUGAUAGUGCAGAUACAAUUAAAGGAAAAAGGACAACAGUGGAUGGUUGUGUGUCUAUAAGUAGAAAAAUAUCGACCGAAUCAAUGGAAAAUAGAAACAUUAACGUUUCCGUUAAAAAAUCAUCCACGGAAAUAGUUGAAAUUAUUAAAUCAUCGAACACUGAUAGUAAAAAAAUGACAAGAAAAGUCUCAACGGAAUCUGUAGAUAGUGGGAAAACUGAUGCAGGGGAAAUAUCUAGUCUAGAAAAAGUGAGAAACUCAAGGUUUGUGACUUCUCGAGUAUCAGAGGAUGCUGACUUUGAUACAAAGCCACAACAUCAAGAUGAACAAGUAACAAUUUACGAUCAGGAUGAUAAUGGGACUAGUAUGAGUGACAUUGUUGCCGCGCAAGCCAUGCACGAAUCUUUAUCUAAAUUAGGGAAGGUUCCUCCUAUGGACACGGAAACUCCCAGCGUCAUCAUUGAGGAAGUGCCAGAAGAAAUUCCUAACAAAGAAGAAAAGGUCACUAGCGAAAAUGACAACAAGUAUAGCGAGGCAGGAGCAGAUGAAGCAGUUGAAGGAUUUAUCGGACCUUUACUUGACGAAAAUUUUAAAGCUGAUGAAAAGUUGACACAGAAAACUAUGGCUAUGGACGAGAUAAAAACUCUGCUCAUGAAAGUCAAAGUACAGGCGGUUGAAGAAGAUGAGGAUGAGGAAAAGGCUAUCGGCAUUUCACCUGAUGGAAGAUUUUUGAAAUUUGAAGAAGAAAUUGGUCGUGGAAGCUUUAAAACCGUCUAUAGAGGUCUUGAUACUCAGACAGGUGUCGCCGUUGCUUGGUGUGAAUUACAGGAGAAAAAAUUAAACAAAACUGAACGAUUGAGAUUUCGGGAGGAAGCAGAAAUGCUGAAAGGAUUACAACAUCCUAAUAUAGUAAGGUUUUACGAUUACUGGGAAGUUACGCUUACACGUCGAAAAUACAUCGUACUUGUUACCGAGCUUAUGACAUCGGGAACUUUAAAAACAUAUCUGCGGCGGUUCAAAAAGAUCAAUCCAAAGGUGGUCAAGUCUUGGUGUCGUCAGAUCUUGAAAGGAUUGAGUUUUCUUCAUUCGAGAUCGCCACCGAUCAUUCAUAGGGACUUGAAGUGUGACAACAUUUUUAUCACAGGGACGACGGGAAGUGUGAAAAUUGGUGACUUGGGAUUGGCGACUCUCAAAAACCGAAGCUUUGCUAAAAGUGUUAUUGGUACUCCAGAGUUUAUGGCACCUGAGAUGUACGAAGAACAUUAUGACGAAUCGGUGGAUGUCUAUGCCUUUGGUAUGUGCAUGCUAGAGAUGGCUACCAGCGAGUAUCCAUACUCGGAAUGUACUGGACCUGCGCAGAUUUACAAACGCGUUGUAUCGGGUGUAAAACCGCAGAGCUACGAUAAAGUCGAAAAUCCCGAAGUCCGUGAUAUAAUUGAGAUGUGCAUUCGAUUGAAAAAGGAAGAACGUCCUCUAGUCAAAGAUUUGCUGAAUCAUGAAUUUUUUGCGGAUGAUGUCGGUCUUAAAUUAGAGAUGGUAUCCAGAGAGACAGCCGUUGCGGAUUCGGAACUGUCACGCGUGGAGUUUCGGCUCAGAGUACUUGAUCCUAAAAAGCGGAGUAAUAAACACAAGGAGAAUGAGGCGAUUCAAUUCGACUUUGAUAUAUUAAGUGAUAAUGCGGAGGAAGUCGCAUCGGAAAUGGCUAAAUCGAGCCUGAUUCUUGAGGAGGAUGCUAAAGCUGUCGCAAAGAUGUUAAAAUCACAAAUCGCGACUCUGCUUAGAGAAAGAGAUGAAAGGAAAGUCAAAGAAGAGAAAGAACGACUCGACAGAGAAGCUGAAUCAAAUGCAGUGUCAGAUAAUUUGUUACAACAACAACAACAAAUGCAGCAACAGCAGCUGUUGAUUCAACAGAUUCAGUUGCAGCAACAACAAAUUCAGUCUGGUAUAGGUAUGCAGAUGCAAGGAUCGAUCCAGAUUCCAAGCCAAGUACAAAUUCAGCAGCCAUUACAAAUUCCAUUACAACAGCAGCAGCAACAGCAACAGCAACAGCAACAGCAGCAACAACAACAACAACAACAACAACAACAACAACAACAACAACAACAACAACAACAGCAGCAGCAGCAACAACAGCAGCAACAAGUACAGUUGCAACAGAUAACUCAACAGCAACAAAAUAUGCAGCAGCAUAACUUACAACCUCAACAAGUCCAGUUGGUUCAGCAGCAACCACUUUUACAACAGCAAACAGCGGUUGUUCAGCCACAGCAGGCACAGCAAAUUACGGCACAGCAACAAAAUCAAUAUCCGCAGCAGCAAUAUCAACAGCAAAUACAGCAGGGCCUGCAACAACAUGUCCAACAACAGCAAUACCAGCCACAACAACAACCACAGCAGCAACCUUUACAGUACAGCCAGCAUGUUGGACAAAGUCUUAGUGCAAAUUCUUCGCAGUGUUCUACUCCACAAAGUAUCCAAGGGCAACCUCAAUUCCCUCAAGCGCCGCAGCAGCAGCAGCCACACCUCCCACAGCAACAACAAAUUCACCAACAACAGUAUAUUCAAUUGAAUCAAAUGAACGUACCGCAACAAUUACAACACCAGACACAACUACAGCAGCAUAUGCCUCAACAACUGCAAGUUCAACAGCAGCAGCCAAUAUCUCAACAACAAACGAUGCCUCAACAGCAACAAAUCCUUCAGCAACAGCAGACUCCUCAACAACAAGUCCCUCAAUCACAGCAAAUUCCUCAACAACCGCAAAUUACUCCACAGCAACAAAUUCCUCAGCAACAGCAAAUUCCUCAGCAACCGCAGAUUGCUUCGCAACAGACGGUUCCUCAACAACAGCAAAUUGCGCAACAACAAAUGCAGAUUACUCAACCACAACAACAGCCACAACAAAUCCCUCAACCGCAAGUUCUACAGCAACCACAGCAACAAAUCCAGUAUUCUCAGUCCCAAAUUCAGCACAUUCAGCAAAUGCAUCAACAUCCUGUAGGAUCUCCACCGGUUCAAAGCCAGCAAUAUUACCAACCAAGCACAGCAUCAAAUGUCCCCUUUAGUGGUACACCAAUUUAUCAGCAAAACAUCGGGCAACAAGUGUAUCAUUCGUAUUCAUCAUCUGGUGGUUCAGCAGCUCAUAUCGAAAUUUUAUCAUCCGGUCAAACAACUCAGCAAGUAUUUUCUCAGCCUAAUCUCCCAGGAAAUACUGGCGUUGCACCGUCUCAAACUUAUGCUCAGGUGGUAGGUCAAAAUCCAAUGGGACAAUCAGUCGCAUCACCUAAAUUAAAUGUUCAAAGUUCUACAACCGCAACGCAUACACAAAGUAUCCAAUCUUCAUGCCAAGCAAGUCAGCCCGCCUCAUUAUCUAGUAUACAAAGUUCACCUGCACUCCUUUCUUCAAGCAGUAUGCAGCAACAUCAUUCGCAACAGAAUCUUCUUGCUCAAAUACAAUAUUCUGGAAACUCCAAUACAAUUCCAGUUGCAGUUCCUGUCACCCCAAGCAUGACAAUUAUACCAAAUUCGGUUAAUACAAUGACGGCACAGCAGCAACAACAGGUCUUGACAAAUAUGGAAUCGUGUACAACGGUCAUUGAUAGAACAAUUAUGAAGCAGGAUACAAUGGAUUCUGUACAAUCUUUACCAUGUGAAUCUAUCAACGUUGUUCAAACAACUUCUCAACUGGAUCAAACUUUUGCUGUGCAAAGUGCUAGUUCUAUGGAAGGAAUACCUUCAGAGAAUUCCGAAGCUACUACUGCGCCAGAAAGAAGCAGGGUGAAACGAUCUGGAACAAAGCGACGGAAACCUGGAAUAAAGUUAACAGUUUUGUCCGUCAGUAACGAGAAUCAAGCCAUGACUGUUGAGUGUCAAUUAGAUACGAGUAAACAAAAAACGGUCACAUUUAAAUUUGAUAGAGACGACAUGGUUCCCGUUGACAUCGCUAACAAUUUGAUAGCGGAAAAUUUGUUGCCUCAGUCGCAAUGCGAUACGUUUGUGGACUUGAUUGGCGACAUAGUUAUGCAACUCCGUUUGGAUCCUGAAAGAACUCUGCCUCUUGUCGCACAUGGACCACCAGAUCAGUCGGCAGGAGGUAGUCCGGUGAAUAGUCGGCGUCCUAGAGAUCGUGACCACAGUCUCGAAACAUCCAAGCAGGUGAGACACGGCUCGUUAACCCGUCAAAGCAGCCAUCGAUCAUCGUACAAAGUCCAUCGUAGGCACCGUUCGAGAGAUGAAACAUCCAACACAUCAACGCCAACGAAAUUACUCCCUAUUGACCAAAUUAUCUCACACAUCGCAAAUGCUCCUAAUGAGAAACCAAGUGUUCAAACACCAGAUAGUCAAGUGGGACCCGAAAGCAUAUCAUCUGAAGCAUCCAGACGAUCUUCUACAUCGACACAAAAUACAGACACUCUAACUCCAACGAAUAUGCCAAGCGAUUCAACCGAUACACAUGAAUAUGCGACUUCUGUAGCUACUACUGAAACUAUUAUGGAAGUCACUCAACCACCUCCAGAAGGAAUCAAAGGCAUUGCUGAUGAACUACAAUUAAAUACGUCAGAUAGUGCACAAUAUCAAGUCACACCAUCGGCCAGCUCUUUGGAAAUUAAGAAUCUUAGUACAUCGACUGGAGAAGCUGACACCACUCAAGAUUCUAUAGAUACUCAAAACGAGGAUGACAUUCCAGCAAAUAAGUCUAUGGAAGCAUCUUUGGCUGAUGGUAACACUUUAGGCGCACCACCCUUACGUAAAAUAUCACGGUUUUUGGUCAGCCCUGUCAUAGAGCAAAAAUCAGCCACAUCAGAUAUUGCAGCAAAUGUUCUGACGGUUACUUCUACCGAGAAUUUGGGACGGUAUGACAUUUCUGUAUCUCAACAAAUCAGUCAAGCUAACUCGUGUUCGAGUACUUCUAGCACAGAGAAGAUGAAAACUGAGACUGAUGCUUUGGGCACGCAAACAAAUUGUGAACAGGUUAAACCAGUUGAUAGCAGUUUAAAUUUAACUGAAUUAGAGUCUGUAAUUUCGGUGCAUCAUCCACCAAUAGCUGAUACAGAAUCUAUGAAAAGUGUCAAUUCUGGGUUUAGUGAAACGGUCAGCUAUUCACAGUCACAGAUCCAAGAAAAUGGGGAUCAGAGUUUGCAAACAGUUCACGUGCAGCAAUCUACAACUCAAAUUCACCAGCAGGUUCAACAAGGAAUACAGCAAUUCCAACAACAGCAACAGCAAAUCAUUUCUCAACAGGUUCCAUCACAAGUUCAACAUAACAUUACCCAAAUUCAGCAAAAUAUUGCCCAAAUACAUCAAACGAUCGGUCAAAGUACAAUGCAAGUGCAGCAGACUACGACUUUAAUUUCUCAGAAUCAACAAACUCAUCAGGGAUCUACUUCAGCACAGCAAAAUUUGCCUCAAAUGCAACCUAAUGUGUCCCAUAUGCCGCAAAAUGUUCUUCAAACUCAACAGAGUAUUGAACAAAUGUCUGCUUCUCAGGCUCCACAGGGUGCGAUUGCAACGCAUCAACCGCAAUAUCAAGAACAGAAUUUGUUACAACAACACGUUAUAAUACAGCAGCAACAAAUUCAGCCGAUUCCAAUGCAGCAAAAUAUUAAUCAACACCAAAUGCAUCCGCAACUUUUGCAGCAACCAUCUCAAAUCCAACAUCAGCCGCCUAUGCAACAGUUUGUUCCACAACAACAACCGCAACAAAUUCAGCAACCAUAUGUUCUUGUGCCAUCACAUGUCCAACAAAUUCAACAAACAAUGGAUGACAGAAACCGUCGAGUAUCAAAUAUUUCAACAAUAUCAAACGUCUCGACCGACUCCCAGUUGUCGGAUGUUUCGGGAAUUACAGAAGACAGAAGAAUGUCAACACCGAUUCAUCUCCAACCUUCACAAGUACAGCAGCAAGAUGCGCAUACAACUAAUGUGUUUGUACCUCAAGUAGUAGCUGACAUUCCUCAGCAAUCUCCAAUGGGUCAUCAUGUCGUCGGACAAGUUCAAGUUCCUGUAUUACCAAGCAUUGAAGUACCACCGAAAGUAGCAUCAAAACCUAAAGAAGUGUCAUCAACACUUCCAGACUUGGCUCAAAAUCUUGCUAAUAUACUUUCUAAUCCAAAGUCUAAAUCUACUACACCACAUAACGUGAAUACUAGUCACGAGCCAAAUUUAAAUACCACUGUCAUAGAACAUAAGACAUCGCUGCAUUCGGAACAAUAUUUUCAACCUAUACAGCCAGAAGCAACGCAGCAGGUGGCUCAAUCACUGCAAUCUCAAGUACAUCAGAAUCAGCAAAAUAUUCAAAAUCUUCAAAAUAUAUCGUUGAAUCUUCAAAAUCAACAAACUGUUCCACAGGGCUUUCAAAACCAGCAACAAAUGCAACAGAACAUUCAAAAUAUCGUUCCAACAAUCCAUCCAAGUGUCCAUAAUCAACAAAAUUCACAACAGCAACUGCCACCUAUUGUUCAACAAAAUCAAGCGCAGUAUCAAACUAAUCAACAGACCAUACAGCAAUCUAUCCAAAGUCAUCAGCAGAGUCAAACUAAUAUACAAAACGUUGAAACAUUACAACAGCAACAACAACCAGUAAUGCCUCAUAGUAUUCAAAAUCAACAACAUAAUUUACAAACUCCGCCAACAGUACAGCAGUGGAAUAUUCAACAGCAAACUACAACCUCGAUUUCUCAGAACUCAAUAAGUAUGCAACAACAAGUGCCAACUAUUCAGCAUGUUCAUCCAAUUCAAACUCAACCACAAGUUCAUCAGAUACCGCCGAUGCCACAGCAACCUUUACAAGAAAAACAGAACACAGAUUAUCCAAUUAGUUCAGAUCAGCAACAAAACAACAAUAUUGGUAGCAACAUCAUUGCUACUUUAGAAGCAGAAGGCAGCACUUUAGAUACCUGCACUUUGAGCAGACGUACUAGUUCAGACUGUCAAUUGCCGACUUCAGAGUGUGACAACUCAAGUCAUGAAGCCACACCUGAACACACUCUGACUGAAUUAACCGAAUCAGGUUCAUUGAUGCAACAACAGCAUUCCAGAUUAAGCCAGCAGAAUUCUUUAGAUAAAAUUGCUGACGCCAGUGGACCACAAACGAUUGCCGAUCUGCAACAGAAGCUAGUACAGCUAACAAGUCAACCCUCCGAAUCUCUGGCCAUAGGAACUCCGCCAAUUAGUCAUCCAGCUACGCCUCAUUGUCAUCAAUUGGCAGGAUGCUAUGAUACCUAUAUGCAUAGUUUGCAACAGAAACUCGCCAAUAUUGGCAUGCCUGUCACACCUAGUCAGUCAUUAGGACCCUUGUCUCCACAAACAACGAUACAUUCGACAAUUACUUCUGCUAAUGCAUGCAUCGAUUUCACUAACAUCACUAUACCUUCCGAAGGCAUCAUUUAUACCCAAGAGACAUCAGUCUCUACAGUUGCAGCUACACAAAUAAAUCCUGAGUGUACAACGGACAGCAGUGCUAUUCCUGGAAGUGUAGAUGUCAUGUCACCAAGCAAAGAAAGCGUUAAAUUACGCUCACAAAGACCAGGAUCUCGGUUGCAGGAAUUAGAGCAGGAAUUGGCAAAGAUUCAUCACAGGGGCCCACUUGCAUCGUCGUCAUCUUCACAACCUUCAACCCCUCCGGUGCCAACAGGACAAGUUUUUCCUCAGCAACAAACUCCACUUGCCACUGUUCAUCCUAUUCCUGUUGCAACGAUUUCACCUGCAGUCAUUAAUCCCAACUCCGGAACUAAUACACCCGUGAACCUGGAGCAGCCUCAGGAAAAUGCAGCUGAGAUUACGUCGGAUCAACCGGUAAGAAAGAUAUCAAGAUUCAUGGUCUCAAAAGUUUCUGGACCACCACCUGCUGAUGCAGUUGCAACGACGCAGCAACAAACGAUGUCCGAUCAACAACGAUUACAACAACAGGAAGAUAUGAUGACUAGAAGGGCUGGGCGUUUUAGCGUUACCACUCAUCAAAUGGAUGAAGCUCAUAGUGCAGGUAUACAAGUGCAGGUGCUCCAUAGCAGAGAAGGUUCGUUACCGCCCGCUACUUCGGCAACGUCGAUCGGCGCAUUGAUAACUGAGUCUCCAGGCAGAUUGGUGGACUCUCUGAGGGUGAGCAGUGAAAGUUUGAUGGUAGCUACGCAGCCGGGCACCAAAAGCUUUCCUUCUUCCUACUCUUCAUCUCUUACCUCUGAUUUUAGUUCCUAUUGUCACAACCAAAGUCCAAUUUCCAAAAAGCAAUAUAGCUUACCUACAUCACCAAAAACAGAUGUGAAAAUUCCUAAUUUUCAACAUCAGCAACAACGUGACUUGCAUAACUCUGUGCAGUUAUCACAAAACAGCCAAAGACACGUCACUCAAUAUUCUACACAAUCUUUAGACAAACAAAUACAAAAUAUAUUUUUAUUGAAACCCCCUCCGGGCUCGAAGCAGCAUGUUGUACCACGUGAUAUCGCUGUUAAAAACGCGCAUGAGUAUUGUACACAAAAUUUAUUACCUCAUACUCAAAUUCAACCGCAAAGAGAUAUCCCGCACGAUCCUUUAAACCUCGGAGCACAGGCUGAAAGUUUAUCGCCCAUCACGAAUCGACUUCAGGAUAAUACGAUGCAGCAACUUUUACAUAAUCAGGUACAGAAAAAGUCACCAUCGUCAUCGCAAGAGCAACAUCACCAACAACAAAUUGGAAAUUCUGAAAAAGAUGAAAAGAGUCAGAUCUUGACACCCAGCGAGGAAUAUCAACUUCUGAUAAAAAGGCAAACGACAGAGUUAGAAAACUUGCAAAGAAGACACAGAGAGGAAUUGGAGAAGUUCCAACAACAACAAUUACAACUUUUGAUUCAACAGCAGCAACAAGCUGCUCUGCACCAGCACCAACAUCAUCCGUUACUGUAUCACACAGUUGCUACGACAGUUGCAGGGCAAACGAGACCUACUGGAAUGGAAGAUUAUUUAAUGUUCAGUACAGCUCCUCAGACGCCGUUACAAAGAGUACCUGGUCAAUCACCAGAUACGGAAGAAACUCUAAGGCUAGCGAUGCAAAAAUUGAAACAAACCCCUCAGCCAUCCCAUCAACAAGCCCCAAAUAUUCCCCAUGCUUAUGUAAUCCCUAUACCAGUCAUGCCUUCUGAAAAUAUUCAAAAUAUUUCCCAACACUCAACUAAUUACACAGGUGCUACGAACGUUAACGAAACAUUAGAAACAAUCGGUUCAACAAAUGGUCCGACAACAAUCAAUCCUACACGUUAUCAAUUUACGCCAAUAAUCCCAGAUGGAGCCAAUAUACCUGGAUGUGCAAGUGGCAGUUUGGUGGCUCCGACACCCAUAUCUGGUUCAACUGCCAACAGUGGUUACCUCCAUUAUCAUCAGGGACCAACAUUGGCGAACUUUCAGACGUUCGGAUACACACCUCAUGGUGGAUUCUUCCUUCCAGCGGGUUACAGAUUAAUAUAUGCACCUACAAGUAGUCCUCAAUCUCAACCCGCUACGCCUGCGACACCCCAUUUGGGAAAUUCAAAUAACGGUACGCCACCCAGUGAACCUCAGCAUUGCUCCGAUUACAAUACGACUAUGCAACCCGACCAGUAGUUUUAAACUAUCCGUUCUUCUGCGCCGUCAGUUUACUACAAAACACGAAAAAAAAAUAAAAUAAAAUGAUUGUUUUUCAUUUUCACUAUUGCGUCUACGAUAUAUCAAUGUAAUACAAUGUAUGUGAUUACUAUGGCUUACAAAGGAAAAUAAUUUCCUCGAAAUGAGAUACGGAUCUUAAAAGAUAUGGACAAGACGUUCACAUCACAGAACGUUAAUACCAGAGACAUCGUCUCAUUAGGAGCGUCGUCUAGAAAGAAAAGGAGGAACGAAAAAAAAAACAGUAUGAAAAUCAGCAUUUAUAUGAGUAUUAAUUUCUCUUCUUUUUUUUUGGUUUUCAACGGCGGAGGGUUUUAUCCGACAUCACUUAUUAGUAUCCCUGAUAUGAUGAAAUAAUAUAAUAAUAUCAUAAGUCUGUUGAAGAGAAAUGAGAUUUAAUCCUAAUCGUGUUUUCUCAAUUCUUGUUUAGUUCUUUGUAUUUUUGAUUUUUAGACAUGGCCAGCAAACCAUGGAACGGUAAUUGCCAUGGAUUAGUAUAUUUGACCUUUCUCGAGAUAAUUAGUCACUUGCGGUCUCUGGUAUGAAUGUUAAAAAGACUUAUUAUUAUAAUUAAUUAAUGAGCAGCUUCCAAGUGGCGUAUACCUAUGUAUAGAUAAUGUUACGAAUUAUAGAGAGAAAUGAUUUACGCGAAUGAAAAGAAAAGUGAAAAAGAAAAAAAGAUUAAACUAAUAAUAAUAAUAAUAAUAUUAAUAAUUUCAUCGAUGUAGUCACUGUUAUGCUUUAAUCUAUGUUGAACGACUCUAAAUAUUUUUAACAUGUUAUUUAGCAACUGCCUAUUGUCAUCUUAUAUGGUUAUUUUCUCUCCACAUUUGACGUGUUAGUUAUUUCAAUUUUCUUGUAUUAUAAUUUUAUGUGUACGUGCAUCCGGUUAGGAGUUCACAAAAAAUACGUUCUAUUUUACGGUGUGCCGAAUUCCUUUUGUCACAGAAAACUUUUCACCAUACUAUUCUACAAUUGGAAGACAAAUUUUAUCCAAAGCUCUGAAUGGUUUGAAAGUUACUUUGCGUUGUCGCAGUGUUUUUCAAUUUGAACAAACGAUAUUCGGCGUACUGAUAGAUUUGUUUUAACAAUACACAGUUCAAAAAGACUUUCCGGCUGAGUAUCUGUGCGUUGGUUUUGAGUGCGUUUCCACUAUUAACAUCAAUGUCCCUUACGUAUAAUAUAUAGUUAUUUUAUUUAGUCCGUUUCUUAUAUUUUAAGACUAAGAUCUUAUUUUCUACUCUUUGUUAUUAUUUUUGUUUUCUCUGGUACUUUCUACAUACGUUAUCGAGCGUAGGCCUUUUAAUCUACAAGAAGUACCAAGAACCAAAUGAUUAACUGAAAACUACGAAAAAAAAAUAAUAAAUGAUAUCAAUAAAAUGAAUAACUAAUUCAUAAUUGUAGCGUAAUUAUAUGAAAGAAAAAAUUAACGUUAAGAGAGUGGAAACACCAUCACAGCUUGAUGGAGGCUGGGAACUGGUAUUAUUACCUAGAUAUUUAAAAAUUAGGUCGCAAACUUUUUCGAGUAAGUUGCAAAUGUUGAGUGUUUUCUGAUAAUUUUUUUCUCCAUUUAGCAAUGAAAUUAAAUUAUUACUGUUGAGAAAUAAUAACAAUGCUCAUAACAACUUAUGAAUAAUGAAAAAUAAAAAUAAAUUAAUAAAAAUGAUGGUAGCGGUGAAACGCAGUUCGCUUUGUAUUCAGCUUCUCUGCUUAUUGUUGUAUUAUUUUGUAUCGUAAAGUGGGAUGUUUAAAACCUGUAACUUUGCAAUCUAUUAACAGAGCAAAUUCAAAUUUAUGCUACGACGCACGAUACAGCAAUAAAUUACUCAAUCGAAGAUGAUAUACGGUAAUCAAAUGUGUAUUUCGCCAUAAUUAUCUUCAUCAUUGCAGUAGAAAAAAUCAGCGAAGAAGUUUAAUCAUGAUAGAAUAAUGAAAAUUCUGUUAUCGGUAUCGCAUUGUUAUUUCCACAUCAAAUUUUCGAGAUAUCUCCUUUUAUUUGAUAGUAAUAAAUUAAAGAAUAGAUAACAGAAAUAUACUUGCUCUAAGUAAUGUCACAGCAAAUUUUUUGAACAACGUUACAAUACUUUUUUUUUCUCUUUUUCUUGGGACGUAUUUUUAAAUACGGUAUAUCACUCUAUUGCUUCUAAAAAAUAUUCAAUAAAAAGCUUAUAUCUCGAUUAUGCGUAAAAUCAGUAGUCUAAAAAAUGUGUAAAUAAGAUAUAUUAUUAUACAAAUAGAUCGAUAGCGUGAUAAAAAUUGAAAAGAAAAAGCAAAAAAGGAAAACCAAAAAAGAAAGAAACGAAAACACCGACAACAAUAAAUAAUCGGAGUUGUACGGUAACUAUAAAAAAUAAUUAGGAUAUGCGUAUGAAAGCGUAAAUCCGUUGAUGGAUUUUAUCAAAAUAUUAAUUUAUUAUUAUUAUUAUUAUUAUUAUUAUGAUUACUAUUAUUAUUAUUAUUAUUAUCAUUAUUAUUGUUCUUAUUAUUGAUUGAGAAAAAAAUGAAUUAACGAUUAGAUGAAAAGAACAUGAAUAUUGUAACGAAAAUAACUCAUUUUUAAAUAAUUAACUAAAUCAAUGUAAAUUAAUGUCUCUUGUGCCGGAUGGGAAGAUUCUAUAGUUUAGAGGUCUGAUGAAGAGUCGAAGCAAGUUAAUUCACAAAGACUGAUUAGGUAAAACAAAAAUCGGUGAUUUAAGGAACGAAACGUUUGUUAAAAAAAAAAGAUAAAUAAAAAGAAGAAGGUGAAAUAAAAAUAAUAAAUAAACAAAUAAAACUAAUUAAAGUAAAUGAGAAUAUGUAUAUCGGUGUAUGAGAAUUAAUAUUUUGAUGUUUUGAUAACUAAAUAUUUCAUAUACCGGUAUAAAUAAAGAAAAAAAGAAAAUAUAUAUAUAUAGAAAGUGUAAAGAGGUAUUUGUUCGGAUGUUGCGAAAAAAGGGAUAUACUAACAGCUUAGGGCAGGUGAUUAUUCAGCUAUCUGAAGAACGAAAAUUAAGAAUUAUCCAAUGUUUCAAACACAUUACAUAAUUUGAUAGUUAUUUUAUCAUUAUUGUUUUUUUUUUUUUUCAAAUCAAAAACAGACUUUUGUCACAGAAUCUUGAUACUAGAAGAAAUGAAAAAAUAC